UUCCUUAUCUCUUUCUCUCUCUCUCCCUUAACUCUCACCCGCCUCCUUUUCUUAAUCUCUCUGUCUUACUCUCAGGCAGGGAACCACCCGAAAAGCUCAAUAACUUUUUGCCUCUCACUCUCCCUUUGCCUCAAUCAUGAUUCGGAUAGUUGAAAAUGGAAAAAGUUGGCUUCUGCCUUGCACUGUUUUGGAAUAGUGGCUGCUGCUGGUUCCUGAUGUGCAAGGAGGGACUUGAAGAGGAUGGACGGUGAUGGUGAUGGUGAUGGUGACGGUGAUGGUGAUGGGGAUGGGCCGUGGUAGUUGGUGUCUGUGUCUUUGUUUGAUAUGGUGAUGCUGUUGGUGUUGGGAGUGGGUGAAAAGGAGGGUUGGAAGAACCCAUUUAUUGAAAACAGGUUUAGUUGGGAGACAAGUGGGUGGGUUAGAGAUAUCAGCUGGUUACUUUCUUAAUGGUGUGAUCAAUGAGAAAAGAGUUUUGGAGGGAAUGCAUUGGGUUUUGGAAUUGGGAUUGGGAUUCCAAUAGUGUUGUUGGGGUUUCAAGCAGAGGUGGCAGGGAACAACUGGUGUUGGGAGAUGAGGAAACUUCCAACAGGUACUGUUUCAUACGUGAUAUUGGGGUAAUUUCGAUUCUUGACUCGGGAUUUCGUUCAACCAAUUCUCUCUCGCUGCUACUUUAUUUCGGUGAACAAUAUUCCCGAUUUGUUUAAUAUUCUAAUAAUCCAGGAAAGAAAAAAGUUGAACGCAAUGGUGAAUGCUAGCUAUACACGAAAAGGAAAAGCAAUCUCUUAUGCCAAAGAAAGUGAAAAUACCUAAUGUCAAAUGGUAUUAUUGGUUGAAUAAUCGCAAUACUAAGUAAUUGUUAAGAAAAUUUUACUCAUUCAUACCAAUAUUUUUUGUUAUUUCACUUUUUAGGUAAUCAAUGAUAAUGUUUUAACAAAACGUCAAAUGACACAACGUGCAUGUCGGGAGCGCGAGAGAUCGGAACGUCUUAAUCUGUUAUGAGCAUUAGAAGACUGGGAGGCUCAACAGGAGAACAAUGAACAUUAGAACUUAUGAAGCAAUACUUUUCAGGUUGUAUUCAUUCUUUUGGAAGUUGGUGGAAUCUCAAAUGACAAAAUUUAUUCUUUUGACAGCAUUUGUGAACUUAUUUUUAUUAUGUAGAUAGUUGCAUUUGUGGACAAUUUUUUGUUUGAAAUAUUUAUUACAUGGGUGAAUUGAGUUUAUAAUUAUGUUUUGUUAUUGAAUUGGAUUGUAAUAAUGGUGACAAAUAUAAAAAAAAAUUAUUGAUUUCAUUUAUUACUUAAAGAUAGUAAAUUUGAUUU